AUUAAUUCCGACCUCAGCACAGUCCUUCACCAACUUCCGACAACCGUCCGGGGAGGGGCGGUCUUUGGUCGGGGAACUGAGCUCAGAUUUCCGUGGGCUGGCUUCCGUUUCGACAGUCAUGCCCCAACCUGGAUGAAAUGGAACCAUUGCAGGAACCGUCAGUGAAUGCCGAUCCGUGCUGGGUGGAAAUGAUAAUCAGCUUAUGCUCAACCGCCAAAGCUUGGUCAUAGAGCGCACCUGUCGUUAAACGUGCAAAGGUAAUGUUUAGUAGCGUUCACUGCAAAGCCGGCACUAUGACUCCGCACACGUUUUACUGCUUACCUGCUCUUGACCUGCUCUUUCCCUUUUCUUUAAUCCAUCUUGAACUGAGAAGGAUUAUGUCUUCCUUCUUCGAUGGAGCAUCCGACAUGACGUUCACCGGCGGCCAGUUCUUUACAAGUGCGAAUAAAGUCAUCAAUAACUUCUACAGUCACCGAGUACUCGCAGGACCUGAACCGGAAACAUCCGGUCCCAAGAACGACGAACAAUGGCUGAACUUGCUUGUUGGAAGACGACGAGUCAGAAUGAUAGAGAUGUGCGAUGUUAAUAUGCUCCGAGAGGUCUCUGUGCAGACCGUUGACUUAGUACCGGUCAAAUCUCGCACGUUGAAGCCCACAAACCCAUUUCGAGACCGAAUAGAAAGCCAGGGAAAGUUUUUGAAGGUAAAGAAGAGAAUUGGGAGCGCGGAGCUCGUGCAGUUUGGAGAUCGACGUUUUACGGUGGUUUCAUUUGAGCCCGAGAAUGAAGGAGACGUCGAGAAGCUACGGGCGGCAUUGCGACCGCUUUGUGAAUUUGCACUGUCUUCACGUCUAGUAUGCUUCACACAAAUCUUUGGAGUGGGCCAGUCGACCACUCCAACACUAAUAUAUUACGACGAGCUCGUCGACGCAGAAGGUAUAAUGAAACAGUACCGAAAGACACCAGUCGUCUUUCAAUACUUGUUACAUAGAGUUAAUACUUCGUAUGAUGCUGUGGUAGAUACAGGGGCGCUGCAGAAGCUGUCAAUUCCGUUUUCGCAGGACCUUCGGGACUGGACGUUCAAUCUCAGGAUUCGCUCAUUCCAGUACAAUAUCGCGUCCAAUGUCCUCUCCACGAAAUGCAAUCCUCCGGUGUACUUCAGAAAUCGCAUGCCCUCGCUUCCGUCCACCUGCAAUCCACCGCUCAACUCUAGCGAGAUACUCGUCGUCGUUCCGAACUAUCUGCAUCUGCUUUCGGACCUCGCAUGCACAACCUCCGUUAAACAUUUAUCAGACUUUAUCCGCCAUGGAGUCCUGACAUUUGGCGCUGUUGUUGAUCGCACAAAACCUGGUAUUCUCCGGCACUUCCCUUCCAUUCCACCUCCUGAAUGGUACUGGGAAAAUUAUAGUCCCGAUAUUAUCGUCAAGUAUUCGCAAUCAGUUCCUUCGCAUGUCAAUCUCACUUUCGAGAAGAUGACCGACGUGCAAUUACUGUCAUCGCCCCCGAAGUUGGCAAUCUAAGGAGAAAUAUUUAUAUAAUUAAGAAAAUACAUACCAGAACCUGUAAAUACAAUGCAGUUGCAUAGAAUACCUUUUGAGGUAUAUGCCUGCCAA